AUGGAUGAAAAUAAAGCAGCAAAAGAGGUCAUGUUGGGGGAGGAUGCUCAGGAAAAAUGCCACAGCACAGGCUGUCGUCCAGCCUGCGAUACAUGCAGUCCCACACACACCGGAACAACGGUGGCUUCUUGGGGGCCCCCUGGGCCUCCUGCUGAGCCCUUCCUUGUGGCAUGCGCAAUGCCAAUAUGCGAUUCGUAUUGCAACUUUCGCAGCGCUGUCCCCAUUGAAUCGCAGGCUGUCAAGGGCCCCCAAGGUGGAAAGGAUCAAACCGUUAGGGGCCUCACAAUCCUCGUUUGUCUUGGGCUGGUCUUGUUGUUUGCUGGUAUCCCCGGAUCUGUUGCGCUACAGCCGCGACAGGUGCCUCAUCGCCUGAGCGCUGCAGCGGCUAGCAGCGGGACGUGCAACAGCCGAAGCCGGCGUUGCGAUGUCAGCGGACCGUUGCAGCUUGCCAGCCGCAAUACCACGGGCAGGAUCCGUCGCGAACUGCAGGCCGAAAGACCCCUUCAAGCCUGCGUGCCAUCGUUUGCAUGUAGAUACCCCCUCCUAAGGAGGCCCCCUGGGGGCCUCUUAUGGGCCUGCUUGGAGGACUCUACCGCCGAAAGGACUGCGUUACCGAGAAGAGCAACUGCAGCGCCUGCGGACGGGAACACCCGAGUCUCUGGAAACGCAUCGAAUACUCUCCCAAAAGGAGAUUCCGAAGAACGCUUCCUGAGGGGCCCUGCAGCAUACGAGUCGACGGCAGUGGCUCGGCUUAAGGCCACGGGUGCAUCCGUUUCUGUGAGGCCUCCUGAGGCCCCCCGCGGCAGCAGAUCUGCUGCCCCGCUUCACCUCGAGGUGUCAGCCCUUCCGCCAAUCCCCUUACGCGAUCCUGCGGCUGAGCAUGAGGCCCCCGUUGGGGGCCUCACCCGCAGCAGCAGUACGAGUACCACCGACAGUGUCGCGCCGCGCUCUGGGAAUGCAGACAACAGGCAAGGACUGCUUCAGCAGCACACCAUGGCAUUUGCCCCUUCCAGGGGGAGCAUCAGCUGGUUUGGAUGCUUCGGUGCUGCUGCGGCUAUUCUAGAGGCACUCCCUGUGGCGGAAGCAACCGCUGAGGCAGAGGCAGCGUCAGAGGCUGCACGAUCCACUUCUUCGCAUCUAUCCCCCCUCCUGCUGGCGUCUUCGGGAGCGCCUGCCAUGUGGCUGUGCGGCAGCAAGGCCUCCCUGCUGAGGAGGGCCUUCGAGGCCCUUAGAGGCCCCGACCCCAAAGAUCUCCACACGCUGCGAUUUUACCAGGAAGACGCGAAGAAGAGGGAGAGAGAGCAGCCACAACAAAGCGUUCCCGCUGCACGGUUGGCGCUGCUCACAGUGGGCGACGGGGGAGACUUCAGCGAGGCGGCCUCGGCGGCACCAGCGUCUGCAUGGGGGCAUCAGCACCUGCUGGAAAGCCUGAAGCAGCAGCAACAAAGUUGGAGUUUUCAAGAAAGCUCUUCGGUGGCCUUACAGGCGGAUGUACUCGAGCGAGCAACUAUUGGAGGGGCCUUGCUGCAGUGCUGCGAAGCUGCUGGACUUCUUCUGAGGAUUGGCGAAGGCGCCUUCGAGGCGGCCUCCUCUUGCUUGGCGGGUCCUACGGUAAAGCACAAACUGCUACUUGGAGGCACAAUUCUGAGAGACCCCACGAAGGCGGUUCUGCUGCGACAGGCAAGAGCUGCUGUGAGGGCCUUUCGGCUGCAAAUGGAGAGCCACUUCAAGGAGGCUGAUAUCCUCCUCUACGUAAGAGGCGUUCCUCCGCGUGACAGUGCUGAACCCAUCUGCAGCAAGUCCACCGUGGCACGGUGCUCGGGCAGCAGAAGGAGCACGGCCAUGACCCCCUCCAAGGAGGAUCUCCCACCAGGUAGUGAAAAUGUAAGGUCAUCUCCCACGACAAUUCGCAGCGAGUCGCUGGACACAAGACCUCGAAGGGCCUCUUGUAGCCUUUAUGAACAACUGAUAGCUGCUUCUACGGCAGCGGGGUUGCCGUGUUUUAUUUUUGAGGACGGCUGGAUGCUCCUGGGUGUCCCUGGCAGCGAUGAGUUGGUGCUGAAAACUGCGGCAGCUCGUACGACGCAGGAAUAA